GUGUGUGUGUGUGUGUGUGUGUGUGUGUGUGUGUGUGUGUGUGUGCAUAUGUGUGUUCAGCCCUGCGUGUACGUUUGCUCGGGUUCCUCAGGAGAAACAAGGCACGACUCUGCAGCUCAGGAUUGAACCACUUUCACACAGCAGCAGCAGCCUGGAGCUGAGAUUAAACCUCACCACCUUCUGGUCAGCAGAAUGAACGCUGGACCAUCGAGUUAGCACAUGGAUGUCUGGAAGAGGGUUUUAGUGGACUAGAAGGACCCUGGAUUAAACUGCCGGGUUCUUCAUGAACCUCCACGAGACGUCAUGAGAAGGAAAGCAGUGAAUUAUAGAGGACAGAGAGAAGAUCUAAAGUUCAGUGUUCCUCAGUGAACUUUCUCAUCUCUAAAAACGUGUGUGAGAUCCAUCACGCUCCACCCAGGGCCCUGUCACGCCCCCCUCAGGCCCUCUGGCAACCAUGAUGUCUCUGUGGGUUCUGUGUGUUUUGUUGGAUCUGGGUGGAGCUCUGUGGGACUGGAUGAAACCCAAUCAGGUGGAGAAUGAUUUAGAUCGUUUUGGUGGUGUGUAUAAACCAAGACCUCCUCCUCACAUCAUCUUUAUCCUGACCGAUGAUCAGGGUUUUAACGAUAUCGGCUACCACAGCGCUGAGCUCCACACUCCGACCCUGGACAAGCUGGCGGCUGAAGGAGUGCGACUAGAGAAUUAUUACGUUCAGCCGCUGUGCACGCCGUCACGCAGUCAGCUAAUCACCGGCAGGUAUCAGAUCCACACGGGUCUCCAGCACUCCAUUAUCCGUCCUCGCCAGCCAAGUUGCCUUCCUCUAAACCUGUCCACACUCCCGCAGCAUCUUCAGGAUGCUGGUUACUCCACCCACAUGGUUGGAAAAUGGCACCUGGGCUUCUACCGUAAACGCUGCCUCCCCACACGCCGCGGCUUUCACACCUUCUUCGGUUCUCUGACGGGAAGUGUUGACUAUUACACCUUCGACUCCUGCGACGGGAAAACUCUGUGCGGCUUCGACCUGCACGAUGGCGACUCGCUAGCAUGGAACAAAGCGGGAAAAUACUCCACUCUCAUGUACACUCAGAGAGUACGCAAAAUUUUAGCGACGCACGAUCCGUCUCAGCCGAUCUUCAUCUUCCUGUCCCUUCAGGCGGCUCAUGCUCCUUUAAAACCGCCCAAAUCCUAUAUUUAUCCAUAUCGCAGCAUGGGGAACGUCCCACGCAGGAAAUACGCGGCCACCAUCUCCAUCGUGGAUGAGGCGGUGCACAACAUCACCUAUGCGCUACGCAAAUAUGGAUACUAUCGGAACUCCAUCAUUAUUUUCUCCACUGAUAACGGAGCACAGCCGUUCACCGGAGGGAGCAACUGGCCCUUACGAGGGCGCAAGGGGACUUACUGGGAGGGUGGAAUCAGAGCACUGGGGUUCGUGCACAGUCCACUAAUACGCUACAAGCGUAGAAUUAGCAAAGCGCUAAUUCACAUCACGGACUGGUUCCCGACUCUCGUACGUCUGGCAGGAGGAAACAUUUCCCAGAAUGAGAAGUUAGAUGGUUAUGAUGUUUGGUCAGUCAUUAGUGAGAAUAAAACUUCUCCCAGGUUUGAGAUCUUACAUAACAUUGACCCUCUGAAUCGGCGAGGGUUGGGGUCACUGCGGGAAGGCAAGGGAUUGUGGGAUACGGCAGUCCAAGCAGCGAUAAGAGUGGGAGAUUGGAAACUUCUGACCGGAGAUCCUGGUCACGGCGACUGGAUCCCUCCUCAGGUGUUGAGCAGUUUCCCGAGCGGAUGGUGGAACCUGGAACGAGGAAACGUGGACAAGGAGAAGAAGUCGAUUUGGCUCUUUAACAUCACUGCAGAUCCAUGCGAGAGAAACGACCUGGCAGAGAAGCGACCAGAUGUAGUGAAGAAGCUCCUGCAGCGCCUAGCUUUCUACAACAGCACUGCCACAGCGGUCCAGUACCCCCCGGACGACCCGCGUGCCAACCCGCUGAACCACGGCAGAGCCUGGAGACCCUGGGUGAUGGACGAGGAGAACGAGGUAAACUGGGAUGGAGUCUAUUACAAACGAGGAAGGAACCGCAAGAGGAAGAAGUGCAGGUUCUGCAAAAUCCAAUCAUUCUUCAAGAAACUCAACAGAAAGAUUCUGGGCAGUAAAAUAUAAUGAAUCUUCUACCCGAGGACUUACACUCCUCCACACACUGUUUAUAAAAGUGAGAAGAAGAAGCACAGGUCUUUAUCACAGACCAGAAACAGCAUUCAUUUUAAAUUCAUAUAGACUCAGGUUUUAAAGGUUUUGGAUCAUAAAUCUGUUGUGUGUAGAUGCUCCUUUCAAACUACUGUUUCCUCAAGAGCUUCUACAAGAAACUGUUUCUGAAAUCCUCGUUAUGGAGUUAAUGGCCUUCAGACAUCAGCAUGAAAUGUCAAUUUGUUCAUGAUGAAUCCUGAAGAAAGAUGAGUGCAACUCCUGCCAAAUACAUACCAGAAUGUUCAUCUUUUCAUCCUUUUAGCUUUAAAUCAUAAAGUGGGGUUUCUCUUUCAGUGGGCGUGUCAUUUCGCUUUCAGUGGGCGUGUCGAUUUCUUUCAGUGGGCGUGUUGUUUCUCUAUCAGUGGGUGUGUCGUUUUGUUUUUAUUGGGGUUGUCGUAUCUUUCAGUGGGCGUGUCAUUUCUCUUUCAGUGGGCGUGUUGUUUCUCUUUCAGUGGGUGUUGUUUCUCUUUCAGUGGGCGUGUCAUUUCUCUUUCAGUGGGCGUGUUGUUUCUCUUUCAGUGGGCGUGUUGUUUCUCUUUCAGUGGGUGUGUCGUAUCUCUUUCAGUGGGUGUGUUGUUUCUCUUUCAGUGGGCGUGUCGUUUCUCUUUUAGUGGGCGUGUCAUUUCUCUUUCAGUGGGUGUGUCGUUUUCUUUCAGUGGGCGUGUUGUGUCUCUGUCAGUGGGCGUGUCGUUUGUCUUUCAGUGGGCGUGUUGUUUCUCUUUCAGUGGGCGUGUAAUUUUUCUUUCAGUGGGCGUGUCGUUUUUCUUUCAGUGGGCGUGUCGUUUCUCUUUCAGUGCCGUUUUUCUUUCAGUGGGCGUGUCGUUUUUCUUUCAGUGGGCGUGUCGUUUUCUUUCAGUGGGCGUGUCGUUGUCCUUUCAGUGGGUGUGUCGUUUCUCUUUCAGUGUGCGUGUCGCUUUCCUUUCAGUGGGCGUGUCGCUUCUCUUUCAGUGGGUGUGUCGCUUCUCUUUCAGUGUGCGUGUCGCUUUCCUUUCAGUGGGCGUGUCGUUUCUCUUUCAGUGGGUGUGUCGUUUCUCUUUCAGUGAGCGUGUCAUUUCUCUUUCAGUGGGCGUGUCGUUUUCCUUUCAGUGGGUGUGUCGUUUCUCUUUCAGUGGGCGUGUCGUUUCUCUUUCAGUGAGCGUCUCAUUUCUCUUUCAGUGGGCGUGUUGUUUCUCUUUCAGUGGGCGUGUCGUUUUCCUUUCAGUGGGCGUGUCGUUUCUCUUUACACACUGAAGCUUCUGAUUGUGAAGAAAUUAGUCUUGUUAGUGAGGAAACUGAACCACAGUGAAUCUUUAUCAUUAUUUAUAUCAGAUUCAGCGCUCUGUAAUCCUGACCUCCAUCACAGCAGGGUUUCUGUCUGAAACUCAUCACGCAGAGACCCAACAGCUCCAGACCUGAGGAGCAUUUCACUCCAGACAACCACCAUGAAAACGAUGAUGAAGACGAUGAUGUACCUGUGACAUCUGAACAUCUGUUUAUUAUCUGGUGAUUUUCUUUUUAUUUUAAUUGCUUUAUAUCAACUUCUGUAAACAAAAGGAAAGAAGUUUUGUUCGAUAAAUUACGAAAAUAAGUCCAGUAUCGACACGUUACUGAAUAAAAAACACAGAAACAGAAACUUAA